AGUUAAUUCCAGUCUACCCUUAGCGACAUAAGGGCGAGUUCGCUAAACCAACGCGACAAACUGGCACACAUACCAGUGGUUUGAUGUAGCAGCAAACAUUGCACAAUCUAAUAACGCCUAAACGCGGACUGUAUGAAUUCCAUCGAACAUGAAUAUGAAUACACUAAAAAUAUACUCGUUGUUUAGAUAUUGUUGAGUGCCCUAAAAGUGUCAGUGUGGUUUUUUUCCCGUAAUUAUACUUAACUAAUUGUUAAACAUUAAACGAUGCUGGGUAUAUAAUUGAAUAAAAUCGACUAUAAUGAACUUGCACGUUUUGCGAUAAUUCGAGGACGCGACGUUUCGGAAGACAUGUAUUCGCCAGAUAAAAUGAUGGGCGCCAAGGGCCCGACGGGCUUGCACGGACCCAUAACGUCGACGGGGGCCUGCUUCGCGGGACGGUACUCCCCGACGUACAGGAGUCCGGAGCCGAUGAGCAGGAGAUGCAUGCCCAAUCCGUCGUAUUCGGAAGAUGAUUUGCUGAAUCAGAAAUGCGAAAAUGGACGAAAAUACUAUAGUCGAAUUCUAGAAGACGCAUCAAUAAUGUGCAAUUCGUGGUCUCCAAGACAUAAUGGUGAUCUCUUUUCCGGCUUGAACGACGGACUGAUUAGCAGAGCAGAAGCUCUGGCGGCUGUGGACAUCAAACACCAAGGAACAGGUGGGCCCGGCGGGCUCCCCCAACUCAAGCACGACAUGAUGUAUCACCACAGCAUGGGGGCGCCGCCGCCGGUCAGUAGGCCGCAUCAUCAGAUGGGCCACAUGGACAGCCUCGAAAUGCUCGACCCCAUCACCUCCUCAUCGAUGACCACCCUGACUCCCAUGGCGGAGACGCCGUCGCACAUGCACUCCUACGGCAUGAAUCACGUCAUGAAUCACCAUCACCACGGCGGCCCGCUGUCCGGCCACAGCGCUCCCGGCCACCAUCCCGGCCACCACGGCGGCCACCCGGGCGCCCAUCACCCCGCGAUGGCGGCCGCCGCCGCCGCCGCCGCCGUCGCCGGCCUCCAUCCCGACGCCGACACCGACCCCAGGGAACUCGAGGCCUUCGCCGAAAGGUUCAAGCAGCGCAGGAUCAAGCUAGGCGUUACGCAGGCAGAUGUAGGUAAGUCAUGCAAAGCCCUAGCGAACUUGAAGCUGCCGGGCGUCGGGGCGCUGUCGCAAUCGACGAUCUGCCGGUUCGAGUCGCUGACGCUCUCCCACAACAACAUGAUAGCGCUGAAGCCGAUCCUGCAAGCGUGGCUGGAGGAGGCGGAGGCCCAGGCGAAGAACAAGCGCCGGGACCCGGACGCGCCCAGCGUGCUGCCGGCGGGCGAGAAGAAGAGGAAGCGGACGUCGAUCGCGGCGCCGGAGAAGCGGAGCCUCGAGGCGUACUUCGCCGUGCAGCCGCGGCCGUCGGGCGAGAAAAUCGCCGCGAUAGCGGAGAAGUUGGACCUGAAAAAGAACGUGGUGCGCGUCUGGUUCUGCAACCAGCGGCAGAAGCAGAAGCGCAUGAAGUUCGCCGCGCAACACUGACCGGACGUCAAUUUCGGGUUUCCUGUAAAUUAGUGAAAUUUUAUAUUUUUAAUUUCCCGAUUGUACAGUUGCGCCGAUGCACGGUAUCUUAUAUGUUUUGCGCCAAAGUUAAUAGUAUUUUAAAUCCGAACGGUUUUAUUAGGGAGCGCCAAAAAAAACGUUUCGCGAAUCGUGCCAGAUUUUUUCGUAUAAAUACGUUUUCGACCGGGAUCGAGAUGUAGGUAAAUGGUUAAAGACACACGCGGAUUUUGUGAUCGUUGAUGUGACUGUGAUUGGUGAGGAUCGACAAAAAUGCUUAUUAAAUCCUUUUUCGCCAAUUUCGAUUAUGCUCAAAGCACUGUACAUACUAGUCAACACGGUACCUUUAAAACGUUCUUGCCAAAAAACAGCCAGCUCAUAUAAAGUAAAUAUGCCCUUUAGCCCUCAAAAAUUACCUCAAAAAACGUUUAUUUAAAAAAUCAUAACUUUGAAAUUUGUACAAACUUAUUUUACAAUCAUCCCACCGGAGGUGAUCUAGUAUUAUUUUAAAAUUGACUUAUAGCAUUUAACACAAUACUAUACUAUAUCAUUAAUUUUCUCUAGAUUCCGCAAGUACUUAAGGGCAUAAUUAAUGCUAUUACAAACUUAUAAUAAACUGGCUAUUUGUUAGCAAAAUGGACUCAUGUAAAAUACAGAUUAAGUAUAGUACAACUUUUUAUACAAGAAAUAACUGAAUAUGAUUCGUUAGAUUGUAAUAUUUUAGGGAACCAAAUUGUACAUAAUUCUAGUCAACGCAUCAAGUGGUCCAUGGGGUUACUGACUAAUUAAUUUAAUUGACAAUUAACAAAUAUACAGCGUGUUUUCGAAUAAUGAAUGCUUUGUUUUUAAUUUUAAUAUUGUAGUAAUACGAUCAGAAAUAUUACUAAUUAUUUUUUAAAUCGAUUAGAAUUUUUUUCCAGAACACCCUGUAUAAUUUAUUCCAUUUUUAUUUACUUUCCUUAAUGUCUCAAAACCAUGGGCCAAUUAAUUUCUAGUCAUUGCAUAUUGAAGAUAAAAAAUCGAGCAAUUUCAGCACAGUAUUAAAGAAAUUGGAUCAGUAUUUUCAUCUCAAGUGAUAUUUUGUUUUGUAUUUUUUUUGGAUAAAGUGCAAUAUAUUUUAAGCGACAUAUUCUCAUGUGAUGUACAUUCGAACCACGUGUAAAUAAUUUGUUAUAGAUUUCCUCAUUGUGAGCAAUAAAUAGUUUGUAACAGACGAUAUAUCUGAACGGAGAAAAAGAUUUUUUUUUGAUGCCCAAAUUUGUUGAAAUUAUUUCAUUGUUUCUUUCGAUCUCUAUGAAUUGUGAUAUUUACAUUCGAAUAAAAAAUACUACCAAUAAAGCAUUAAUUACCGAACGAACCCCUUAUAAACUUCGAAAUCACCCCUUAUACAAAACUUUCACAGGGUAAUAAACAUAUCACAACUAUACAGAUAACAUAUCAGAUAAGUUUGGAUUGGUAACAGCUCGAAAUCGAUUUUAUUCGAUUUUUCAGCAAAUUAUGGAGACAUUAAAAUUCGUUUAUUAAAGCCACAUUUAAAACAUCAGUAACUUGAAAUUUCUUUGUCAAUUUAAAAAGUCCUGUUCGUACCGAAUCGUAUAAAGACAAUAUCUGAGCUCUUACCAAACCUAAUGUACAUAAAAAUCCUUUGUAAUGUAAAUAAAUAAAUAAUAAAAACCAUUUCGAAUUUUAGAAUUACGUCAGAAAAAACCACGCAGGUUUCAGAAACAACCGAAUAAAUAAUUAUGUAUAUUCGCUUAUUGUAUUUUAUUUUUCUGUUGUUGGAUAUUCAUGUUUCGUUCCCAACCCUAUUUACGUAGGCCUAACCAAUCCAAUAGUACAAGUACUUUUCGAUUGAAUACUGUUCAUAACAAUUCAAUGGCUGGCUCAUGUAAUAAAAGUACAUCAGUAA